UUUAAUCACGGAUUAUUUCAUAAUUGACAUCUUGACAUCCAUCUAUGACGGAAAAUAGGUUAUGUUACGUGAAAUGUUUUAUUCAAUUUUUUGAAAUAAUCAAGAAAAUGGAUAUCCAAUGUGAUACUGAGGAAAAUAAUGAAGACAUUUAUUUAUUAGCCGAACAGAAGAUUCAGUUUGGCGAAAGCCUGAAGGUGUACAUCGAUGAGCACCCCAAUGUUGAUGGACUUCAGAAAUUAAGCAGAAAAAUUAACCAAGAAUUGAAAUUCUUGAAAAAAGUCUACAAAAAUGCCAACUUAAAAAAGGAGCAUUUACAGUGUUCCAACUUGACACAUUUUUCUGCAUUAGUCGAUACUCUGAAAACAGUAGAUAAUUGUCAAAGCGUUAAUAAAAUAUUCAACUUAGAAGAUAGGAAAAUUACUGUAGAUAUUAUCUGUGAUAAUGGAUUGACAUGGAUUAAAGUAAUAGCUCGAAAUCCCAAAUCACUAAGUCAAAUUUAUAUGGGAAAUGCGAGUUAUGGUGUUCGCAGUAUUGUAGAUCAGGGCGAAGAAUAUGUUGAAUGCGCUAAAUUACAUCCAUGCUUGUUUCAAACACCCAAGAUAAUUUUCGUAUUCACCAACGGGAUUGGAAGUAAUUUAGCAUCAAAGUUAGAGAGAAGAGGAAUAAUUGUAAGAGGUAACAAGAUUGAAGCUCAUGAUAUUGAAGGCGACUCGGAUUCGAGUGAACAGGAAAACUUAGACUUUGAGAGUUCUAAUAUCGUUUAUAAUCAGCCACAAGAUCUAUCGACCCAAAAUAUUGCAAAUAUUAAAAAGGUAAACUUGGAUGUUUCUGCUAUGUUGGCCUACUGUUGUUCAGUUACCAAUGGAAGCGCGUAUUUGUAUGAUUUUGAUGUACCUGUUCUCAAACAACAAGCGGAAUGGGAAAGGCUGAGGCCAGUCAAGCCAAUUUUGGAUGAAUUUUUGAAAGACAAAAGACUAUACUGCUGCCAGACUGCGAAAGAAAGCUUUGAGAAUAUCGUUAAUACUGUUGGAGGACCCACCGAAAAAAUAAGAGCGGAUAAAUUCAUGAAAAAUGUAACAGUUUUGCCAGACGACGCGUCGUUUAGAGAUACUGAGGAAGGCAGUGAGAGUAAUGAAAUAUUCAAUCAAGUCCAACUAAUUUCUGGAAAAAAUUUGCCAAUUGGAGGAAAAAUUAGGCAAAGAUCAUUGACCAUUUUUAUGUUUGGCGAUAGAAUACAAGCAAUCACAGUCACUAGUAAUGACGGUUUUGUUAGAGCCGCUAAGCAGCAAAAUAUCAACUUUGUGGUUUUUGUCCACGAAUCCAGAGCUUUGACUGAACAAAAAGAGUUGAUGAAAGCCAAACCACUUAGUGCACCUGACGAAAUUCAUCCAGUUUAAAAUUUGACAAAAACAUUUUUACAAUUUAUUAUUUAUUUUUGAAUAAAUGGUUUCACCAA